AUGGCUAUCGAGAUUCUGCCCCUAACAGAAGCCGAUAUCCCAGGUGUAAUCCAGGUGAUCCAACAAGCUUUCGCCGAUGAUCCAUAUUUCAAGUGGGUGUUUGAUGGCUCCAAGUUCAACAAACAACGAAAUUACAACUCCCUCGCAGCACGCUGUCGCUGGGGCAUAAAUAAUGCGAUCUUCCAAGUUGCGAAAGAGAUAUCCCCAACCGACUCGUCAUCAUCAUCUCCCGUCCUCGGUGUAUCCUGCUGGCUACCACCCCACCCACCCUCAAAACCAGAGAGCUGGUACUCCUGGUACCAAGACUGGAAGCUGUCCGCCACUCAACUCCUCACGAACAUAUUCUACCUUGGCCGCGGAGGGCUCCGGGCAAACAGGUACUGGAUAUGGAAGGAUCAGCAGCAGAAAGCGCAUGCGGAGAUAUGGGAUGAUCCGCGUGGUUAUUAUUUCUGUAAUAUCGUUGCUGUUAGCCCUGAGGCACAGGGGAAGGGCGUGGGGAGGAUGCUUUUUGAGUCUGUGACUAAGAUUGCAGAUGAGGAGGGGGUAAAGUGUUAUCUUGAAAGCUCGAAAAACGUGCCUAACGUGCAGAUAUAUGAGAGGAUGGGGUUUGAGAUGAGUAGGACUAUGGAGUGUCGGGAUGGAGAGGAUGUUUGUAUGUUGUACUGCAUGAUGCGUAACCCGAAAACUGAGUAA